AAAGUAAAAAUCAAUGGUGCAAAGUGAUCUUAAAUAAGGAAGCGAGUUCCAUGGUAAACAUGGUUCGAGCAUCGCAAUUAUAAUAAAGCAAAAAAAAAAAAAAAAAAGAAACAACCACUGAGCGGUAAUUAUCAGGAAGCCACUAGUUACAACUAAUUGAAGGUGAUUCCGGAUUAGAAGCAAGCCACUAUUAAGUGGCUAACACGGUUGCUUCAUUAAGAGCAAUUACUCCCUAUUUUGCGGCAACUACAAAUAGACGUUGUUCACUAUGAUAUAUUUCCACGUGUUUAUUGCAUCUUGUCCUGUUAUGCGAUUAAAGAGUUACAACCUUGCGUUUCUAAUUUAUUGGACGUAUACGCACCAGACAUUAAUUUCGUCUACGUAUUCGUGAAAUUGCGAGAUUCAUUCAUCGCGAAGUAUUAGAAUACGUUGGACCAAAGUGGAGGACAUUCGUGGCGAAUAUGUCGAUCGCAAUAUUCUUCACAUUUGCAACUUGCAUUCUACCCUGGAUCGCCUAUUAUUUGGCCGACUGGAGGAUGACCUGUAUUGUCACCUCAGUUCCUCUUGUUCUAGCCGUAGGUACGCCAUGGUUGAUACCGGAAAGCGCUCGAUGGCUGGUCAGCCAAGGUCAGAUAGACAGGGCCAUUAAAAUCCUUGGUAAAUUCGAGCGAAUCAACGGCACCAAGGUGCCCGAUGACAUCUAUAGACGAUUCCGGGAAACCUGUGCCAGAAUCUGCAAAGAGGAGGAAGCAGACAAAACGUACUCCGUGUUGGAUCUAUUUAGAACGCCACGACUACGGAAUAUCACGAUUCUAUUUAUUGUUAUUUGGAUGGCGAUUUCUUUGGUGUUCGAUGGUCACGUACGAAACGUCGAUAAUUUAGGCCUGGACGUGUUUGUUACGUUCACGAUUGCUGCAGCAACCGAGCUGCCUGCUGACACGUUCUUCACGCUCGUUCUUGAUCUAUGGGGCAGAAGAUGGCUGGCAUGUGGUUCCCUCGUCAUUUCUGGUAUCUUCAGCAUCUGGGCUUCUGCCGUUUCCAAUAGUUCAUUAUUUGCUACAUUGCUAGAAUAG